UUUAUAAAUGAUAAAUUAUUGUGCGUCUCAUUAUGGAAUUAAUCGAUCACGAGAAGAAAAUAAAAUUUUCAGAACUUGAUGAAAAUAUUCAGACUGCCGAAACGAAUCAUGACUCGGUUAGAAUGAAAUGGGAUAUUAUAAAAUCUCUUGGCUAUGGUAAAAAUUAUAAUGCAAAUACAGAUAGUUUUCUAAAACGAUACAGUUCAUCAUUUAGUAAUUAUAAAAUGUUAUCAGAUAUUGAAAAAAAUGAAACAAAAAAUACGGGUUAUUACGAUGAAAAUAAAGGUGAAAAUUUAUUAAAUAAUGACGGCGAGGAAAAUCAGGUCCAAAUAGUAUUAACACCCAGAUCGCAAACCGAUGACGUGCAAAGUCAUAAUUCGAACAUUGCAAACAUUCAGCUGGACGUGGAAAAAAGCCUUGAGAAUAUAAAGUCAAAAUAUAAGCAUGGGAAAAAAGUUUGGAAAUUAAAAAAGAAAAUUUCCCGAAGUACAAUUGACGAAUCUGUGAAAGCAUUAUUUAUUAAUAUAGGAAAAAGGAAAAGAAAAAAGUUUCAUGGACGAUUAAAAACGUCUAAUUCUAAAAGUACUGUAACUACGAGGGAAACUAAUAUUUCAGAUAAAAAAACCGAUCGGAGAAAAUUUAAGAAACAAAAAAGUCUCGACACAAUAUCCGUUUUACAAAAACCACAAUAUCGAAAACGUAUUAAUGCUUUAGAAUCGCGUGAAACUCACCAAACGAAUUCUAAAGAGUUCGUUGAAAUUUAUCAUAAUGCUGCUCUAAAAAAUGGAAGUUUUUCUGUCGUUUCCAGACAGUCGAAAAGCAAACCUGUACAAAUAUCUCAGCUUGAUAAUGAAGUACCCGAGAUUAUGGAGAACAAUGAAUGUAAGAAAAAUGACGAUUCAUUCAAGGAGAAAAGUACGGAAAAUUUACUGCGCGUCAACGAAGCGUACGAAAGCAUUAUUAAGCAUUACAUUGGCAAUGGCAUUGACAUUAUACUAGUCAUUUUGAUAGGUAUUAAUCUAAUUCCACCAAAUAAUGAGAAAUUAGGUAAAAAUGUGCAGGAGCAGGCCCAGUUGCAGGAAGGCUCCUCGUAUUAUCAGCCGGGCUACUACGAUUCGUUUUAUCAAAGAAAUUAUGAAAUGCCGACGAUGUCAUCGAAAAUGAAGCGCGUGGAGCGACAAUAUUACAAUCGCUUUAAUAUUUGUAAUAUUCCUUUCGUUGUUGGGACUUCGAUUUCUCCUAGUCACAAUCUCGGAUUAAAUAUUCAGCAGAUUCUAAGCAUCAUAAAAACAAAGCAGCCGGCGAUACCUGGAAUAAGUCCUUUGCUAAUACGCAAUGUGAAUAGAGGCCUGAAACCAGUAGCCACUCUUUUCGAUUGCAUAAGUCACGAGUUUGCGAAAUCCUCUCGAGCCUUCAAUUCUAACGAUAAUACACAGAGCCAAAGGAACUUCUUACGAUAUAAAAACGGCGUUGGCUCGGUAUCCUGCGAUCAAUUACCCACCACUAAUUUGACAACGUCGAGUCAAGUCCCAUUUAAGCAAACCUUCACUUGCGAACCACUUUACGAAGAGGAUGAGGAAACUCAUUCGGUGUUUUCCGAGGCUCGUACGAAAAACCCAGAUAAACGGAAAAAGCAAUUUUCAUUGGAGAAUCAUCUGGAGACCAGCGGCAACUCCAACAAAUCUUAUCAACAAUCUCAAUGCAUUUUUGACAGACAGUCGAAAAGCUACAAACAGCAAUUUUCCAAGUCUGUAUUUGGCGACUUGGGCGGAAUCAAUAUUAAUCAUAAGAGUGAAAAGGACAUGAUGCAGGUCUUUUCGCGACUAUACGAUCAAUUUAACAAAAUGAUCAUUGAACACGGCAAAAUGAAAGAGCAAUUGGAGAAGCGGAAAGACAAGUCCCUAUUAAAAGAAAUGUCGGAAAUGGAAGAGGCGCUUAAUGCUAAACAGCAAGAGAUAACGACGGUCAUCGGCCUCUACAAGGAGGUUCUCUUUCUCAAGAAGCAGAUGAAACUCCACCACGAGCGCAACAGUUUCGUCUGCAUCGCCACGGAGGACCCGUCUUUCAACUACCUCUCGCGCUCCACGAAGAUGCAGCGCCGGGCCCAGACCGUAGGUCCGAUCGAUCACGACGACCACGGAAAGUACUUGCGCGGGCGUCGGAGCCACAGCGUCCACGAGGCGCCCAAUGCCCUCCGGCUUGUCGGACUCCUUCGCCAAAUUCAAGCUUUCCAACGUCAACUCGUCAUGGCUUGAGCUCGAUUACUGCCAUCCCAAUCAAUCUCACACACACGCGUAACAUUUCAAGUCCGUGCAUUUAUUAUUUUACUGUCUCGGGUGAAUUACAAUUAUUGUACCGAAGUUUAUCGAGCACUCGAGUGCCUUGUUUCAUUAUCGUACCGUCCAACGUUGUGUGGGUUAAAAUAAAGUUCGU